AUGGAGGAAGAUCUAAUACAGGAAGUUAUCAAUGAAGAAAACCAGUUGAUAAAUCAAAAGUUCAGUGUUAUAACUGUGGAGAUUUUGGGCACUUUGCCCCAGAGUGUCCAAAACCUGGAAACACUACUGAAAAUAAUUAUAAAUCAAAUUUCAAAGCUAAUAUUGCUGAAAGUAGAGAAGAAAAAGAAGCAGAAGGCUGAAAACAUGUUACUAGCAUGUCAUACAGCAGCAAAACAACCUCAACUUAAGUGGUACUUAGAUACAGAUUGCAGCAAUCAUAUGUGUGGCAGAAAAGAUUUGUUUGAUAAGCUUGAUGAGUCUGUCAGAUCAACAGGAAAGUUUGGCAACAGUUCUACAAUUCCAGUUAUAGGAAAAGGAAUAAUUGGAAUUGUUCUUAAGAAUUGUUCAAAAGCAUAUAUCAUGGAUGUGUAUUAUAUACCAGGAUUACAUCAAAACUUGCUGAGUAUGGGCCAACUAUCUGAAAGAGGAUACUCUAUGAAUAUUUACAAUGUAAACAAAGCAAGAAGAGCUGAACAACAGUUGGAGAUCAUUCAUAGUAAUUUCUAUGGUCCUAUAGCUAGAAGUUACAUCGCAUGGAGUUUCAUGGAAGAACAUGGUAUUCUACAUCAGCUAACAACAAGAUAUACACCUCAACAGAAUGGUGUAGCUGAAAGAAAGAACAGAACUAUAAUGGAGAUGGCAAGAACUAUAAGAAGAACAAAAGAUUUACCAAAGAAUUUCUGGGGUUAUGCAGUUGAUACAACAGUGUAUCUACUUAACAGAUGUCCUACAAAUAGUUUGAAUAACAAGACACCAGAAGAAGCAUGGAGAGAAGUAAGACCAAGUGUAAGACAUCUAAGAAUUUUUGGAUGCAUUGCAUAUGCACAUGUGCCAAAAGAAUUGAGAAAGAAGUUGUAUGAUAAGAGUGAAAAAUGUAUUCUUGUUGGUUACAGUUCAGUGACUAAAGGAUACAAUCUAUAUAACCCAGAAACUAGAAAGAUAGUUAUAAGUAGAGAUGUUAAUUUUGAAGCAUUUCAAGAUGGAUAA